CAGUCAACUCCUGCCCACCUUGCAAGCCCCUCCCCGUCUACCUCGCUGGAGCGUUGGAGCGAGCAGCACUAGUUUGAGGCAGGUACCGUAUCUCCCUCGGCUGACAGGAUAGCAUGCUGUAGCUUUCGCCGCAGAACCUGCUGACUGUUGCCGUGGCCUUCAAAGGUCAGAGUGAUGCUCCUGGAGGCUCUGCUGUGAUCUGCGCUGCUGCGGUUUCCACAGAAACGACACAACGGCGGGCAGGAGGCAGUCGAGUCGCAGAAAGAUGACAUCACCGUCCCCCACUCACAGUGACAGCAGCGGGUCGUCUAAACAUGACAGCAACCAGGAUAGCUGGGAGAUUGUGGAGGGGCUCAGGGGGGUUCCUGCCAGCAUGCAGGAGCCUGCCAGACAGGAAGGCCUCCUGCUCAAGAGGAGGAAGUGGCCCAUGAAGGGGUGGCAUAAGAGAUACUUCAUGUUGGAGAAAGGCAUCUUGAAGUAUGCAAAGCGUGGGACUGAUCUGAAGAAAGGGAAGCUUCACGGUUGCAUCGAUGUCGGCCUCUCUGUUAUGUCAAUCAAGAAGAAAGCCAUGUGCAUCGACCUGGACACAGAGGAUAACAUCUAUCACCUAAAGGUGAAGACUCCUGAGCUGUUUGAGGAGUGGGUGUCAAAGCUGCGCAAUCACCGGGUGUUUCGGCAGAACGAAAUCGCUAUGUAUCCUCACGAGAGGCAUCUCUUCCACCCCCACGCCGCAUCUUCCCCUUCGCUUAAUGAUUCCCUUAGGAAAAGGUCUACCCUUACCAAGCAGGCGUCAGUCCACCAGGCUAAGGUCAGCUCCUGGCUCCACUCCUCAGAGGACAUGGACAAGUGCUGCAAAGACCUGGAAGAAUGUGAAUCAUAUCUCCAGGAACUCAACCUCCUGCUGAAAAGCAUGGAGGUCCUACACCGCACAUACUCGGCUCCAGCCAUCAGUGCACUACAAGCAUCUACUUAUGACAUUCCAAAAAAGGAAAAGAGGCCAAGGAGGUGGCGAUCAAAAAACAACAGCAAAGAAACCAAAACUACACUCCAGGUUCCGAGCUGCAUCUCCUCCAAACCCCCCCGCCUUCAUGCCUCCAAUCCCAACCUCUCCAUCACUGAGUCAAACACCCAGGAGGUCUGUCCCGAAUCCCCAGACUCGCCCACAGACGCGUCCCGUCUACAAGAGGACUUCUGCCGACUGGCCAACAACAUACACGUCACACUAAAAUCAGCCUUUAGUUCCCUGGCAGCAGAGAGAGACAGACUGAGGCACACCAUCGACCUGCAGGCCCCCCAGCCAUCUCAGGUCAUGGGCCUGAAGACUGCCUAUGCCUCAGAUUGUGCAAGCGCCUCCCACUCUUUGGUCCACCAGGCGUCCAAUGAGAGCAAAGCGUCCAUUCCAGAGUCCAUAUCGGAGUUCUUUGACGCUCAGGAGUACCUCCUCUCCUCUUCUUCAUCUGAGGUGUCCGACGAUGACUCUUACAUCAGUGAUGUCAGUGACAGUGUCUCCAUGGAUACCUACAGCAACGGGGGAGGCAGUGAGAGACACAACUCGGUCAGCAGCGUGGUGACCCUGGCUCGCCGACGCUCCACGCUGCCCUCCACCAGACCCACCAGCAGCGUGAGCCUGUGGAACAUCCUGAGAAACAACAUCGGCAAGGACCUGUCCAAGGUGGCCAUGCCGGUGCAGCUCAAUGAGCCGCUGAACACCCUGCAGAGGCUGUGUGAGGAGCUGGAGUACAGCGACCUGCUGGACACCGCUAACCAGACUCAAGACCCUUACCAGCGCAUGGUGUACGUUGCUACGUUUGCAAUAUCUGCCUAUGCAUCCAGCUUCCAUCGAGCAGGCAGCAAACCCUUUAACCCAGUGCUGGGUGAGACGUACGAGUGUGACAGACCUGACAAGGGCUACAGGUUUAUAGCUGAACAGGUGAGUCAUCACCCACCUGUGUCAGCUUGUCACUCAGAUUCAAAGAACUUUACCUUUUGGCAAGAUGUUCGGUGGAAAAAUAAAUUCUGGGGCAAAUCCAUGGAAAUAGUUCCCAUGGGAACCACACAUGUCACACUACCUGCGUUUGGGGACCACUACGAAUGGAACAAAGUGACAUCAUGCAUCCAUAACAUCCUGAGCGGCCAGCGCUGGAUCGAACACUACGGAGAGAUGGCCAUCAAAAAUAUAAACAGUGACGCCUGCCAGUGUAAAGUAACAUUUAUCAAGGCAAGAUCAUGGAGCUCGACGGUUAAUGAGAUAGAGGGCGUUGUUACAGAUUCAAACGGAAAAGUGGUCCACUCCAUUUUUGGAAAAUGGCAUGAGUCAGUGUUUCAAGGAGACCCUCCUUCCGCUACGUGUAUUUGGAGAGCAAACCCCAUGCCAGAGGAACAAGAGCAGUACUACGGCUUCACCCAGUUUGCAGUGGAGUUGAAUGAGCUGGACUUCACAUUAAGACCUCUGCUGCCCCCCACAGACACACGCUUCAGGCCGGACCAGAGGCUUCUGGAGGAGGGCAACACGGAAGGAGCUGAGGAGCAGAAACAGAGGAUAGAGCAGCUCCAGAGGGAGAGGAGGAAAGUGCUGCAGGACAACAACAUGAUCCACCAGCCACGCUUUUUCAAGAAGUCAAAGGACGACACGUGGGUGAGCAACGACACAUACUGGGAGCUGCGCAGAGACCCCGGCUUCAGCAAACUGAACUUCCCCGUUUUGUGGUGACCCUUAACCUCUCCGCCACUCCGACUUAUCGUAUAUAAGGAAGUAUAAAAACUGAACUCCUGAACUCCUAGUUUCCUGACACUGCCACCAUGAGUUGCAGCGUGUCACGGCAACACAAAUCCGUAUGGACUUCUGCUUCCUCUGUCGGGACGGAGCAGAGCCCCUAGAACUAAUGCUAAUUUUGUUUAUAUUGUUUAUUCCUGUUCUCUGUACAUUUUCUGCUCUUAAAACUGUAAUUUACACGGUGUCAUGGUAGACUAAACAUGCAUAUCACUAGUUUCUUUUCUUUUGCAUCUUAGCAUUUACCAAAGUGCCUUUUAUUGUCGUGCUGCACUCCACGGACUGCUGUAGCAGUUAUGCAACAACACUUUUAAUCAGAAGUUAAACAUGUUUUUGAUGAGGUCAGUAUAAUUCUUCACUGGAGGGUCUAAACUGGCAAACGUAUUGCUCCAUCGUGUUGACAUGUAAUGACAUUAUUCCACAGAAUGCACAUGUUGUACUUAUGGUACAGGAAGUUACGCCUUUUCCAGUAUGCUGCUUCGUUAUAUUCAGACGUGACUGUCAUAAGACUGUGGAUACAGUUUAACACUGAGGAAAACAGCAAUAAUUACCUCACGUUGAAAGAAGAUAAUAAACUGUACAAUGGACGGCCAA